AUGUCAGAAAAGCCUCUGGCCCCAGGUCAAACUUCCACCUUGGCUUUGCCCGCAAAUUCCAAAGAACUUAUAAAUCACGAUUUGGCCAGUAUCAACAGCCAAACGCCGUUGACCGAUACCUACUCACUUUCGAUCUCCCAGUUACUGGAGCUUCACGAUCCCAAGAGCUUGCGCAAAUUGAUUGAAUUGGGUGGCUUAGACAACUUGAGCAAUAUCUUGAACCUGGAUGUCUCCCGAGGCAUCUCGGAUAGUGAUGACCUUGAUAUGAAGCAGAGAACUAAGCAUUACGGGGACAACCGGUUGCCGGUGAAGGUUCAGAAGUCGUUCCUUCGGCUUUGUAUCGAGGCUUUCAAGGACAAGGUGUUGAUUUUAUUGACGGUAGCGGCCGUGGUGUCCAUGGCCUUGGGACUCUAUGAGACCUUUGGUACUGAUACCAUGUAUGACGUGGAUGGAACCCCCAUUCCAAAGUUGGACUGGGUGGAAGGGGUGGCCAUCAUUGUGGCGGUGUUGAUUGUGGUGUUGGUGGGUGCUGCAAACGACUACCAAAAGGAACGUCAGUUUGCCAAGUUGAACGCCAAGAAAGAGGAUAGAGAGUUGAUUGUGGUUCGGAAUGGCCAGCAAGUGCUUGUAUCCAUUUAUGACUUGGUGGUGGGUGAUGUGAUAAAUUUGCAGACGGGUGAUGUGGUACCAGCCGACUCGGUGUUGGUGAGUGGGGAGGUUGAGUGUGAUGAAAGUGCAUUGACGGGGGAAUCCGAUACCAUCCACAAACGGCCUGCUGACGAGGCUCUUGAGUUCUACAAGUUGAACGCUUCCGAUGCCUCUCAGGAUUUGGGUUCGGUAGGUACCAAGUUCAAGGACCCUUUUUUGAUCUCGGGCGCCAAAAUUUUGAGUGGGUUGGGAAAUGCCUUGGUGACUGCCGUUGGUGUCAACUCCAUUCACGGUAGAACCAUGAUGAGUCUUAAUCAUGAAAGCGAACUGACUCCUUUGCAAGAAAGAUUGGAUAACUUGGCCGAUGGAAUUUCCAAGUACGGAUUUUUGGCGGCCUUGGUUUUGUUUAUUGUUUUGUUCAUUAGAUUCUGUAUCAAGAUAGCCCCAGGAGGAUCCGACAAUGAUCUCGCCUCGGCGGAGAAGGGUAAGAAGUUUUUGGAUAUUUUGAUCACUGCCAUCACCAUUAUUGUGGUUGCAGUUCCAGAAGGUUUACCAUUGGCAGUGACUUUGGCAUUGGCUUUUGCAACCACCAGAAUGGCCCAGAACGGGAACUUGGUUAGAGUGUUAAAGUCGUGUGAAACCAUGGGUGGAGCCACCGCUGUGUGUUCUGAUAAAACCGGUACUUUGACGGAGAAUAAGAUGAGAAUCGUUAAAGGUUACUUUGGUAACGGCAUGGAGUUUGAUGACAUGGUUUCCAACAAGUUUGGGCCUAAAUCUCUUGAAAUUAUUCCAAGUCUUUUCUCAGAUUUGAAGACAUAUUUUGCAACCAACAUUACCUUGAAUUCCACAGCUUUUAAGAAUGUCAGCUACAACGAAGAGGCUGCUAAUAUUCUUAAGACUAAGCCAAAGAAAAAGAACUUUUUUCAAAGACUUUUUGAGAGUAUGAGCGACGAAGACAAAAUAAGGAGUACUGUCAAGUACGAAUUGGUAAGUGAUCCCUACUUGGGUAACAAAACCGAGUCUGCUUUAUUGAUAUUUGCUAAAGACAAACUUAAUUUGUUUGAAAACGAAGACUUGGAACAAAUCAGAAAAAACGAAUCUCAUAAUAUUGUGCAAACAAUACCGUUUGAAAGCUCAAGGAAAUGGUCAGGUAUCAUUGUCAAGAUUGAAAAUGGGUACAGAUUUUACUUUAAAGGUGCUGCAGAAAUCGUUGUCAGAAAUUGUGGAUUCAAGUAUGAUGAAAACAACCAAUUGGCCAGAAUUAACAGAGACGAUAGAGAUGUAAUUUUAGGUAAAAUUGAUGAGUUUGCUAACGAUGCUUUGAGAGCCAUUGCUGUUGGACAUCAAGACUUUGUCGGGGCUACCUCAUGGCCUCUUAAGAGUCUUAUCAAUGAACAGCACCCAGCUGAAGCAGACCCAGAGAAAUUGGUGGACACAAGUCCUGCUGUAUAUGAUGAGAGUAAGAGAAACUUGAUUUUAGACUGUAUUGUUGGUAUUCAAGAUCCUUUGAAGCCUGGUGUCCCUGAAGCAGUAUUGAAAUGUAAAGAGGGUGGUGUGUCUGUUAGAAUGGUAACUGGUGAUAACUUGAGAACGGCAAAGGCUAUUUCCCAAGGUUGUUACAUUUUAACCCCGGAAGACUUGGAUAACGAACAUGCAUCUAUGGAGGGUCCAUACUUCAGAAAGUUGAGUGAAGCUGAAAGAAUCAAGGUUGUUCCUCACUUGAGAGUAUUGGCUAGAUCUUCUCCUGAAGAUAAACGAAUCUUGGUUGAUACUUUGAGAAAAUCUGGCGAAGUGGUGGCUGUUACAGGUGAUGGUACCAAUGAUGCCAGUGCCUUGAAAUUGGCUGAUGUUGGAUUUUCCAUGGGUAUCAGUGGUACUGAAGUUGCAAGAGAAGCUUCAGAUAUUAUCUUAAUGACUGACGAUUUCACCGAUAUAGUUCAAGCCAUCAAAUGGGGAAGAACCGUUGCUGUUUCCAUCAAGAAAUUUAUUCAGUUUCAAUUAACAGUGAAUAUUACCGCUGUGGUAUUGACAUUUGUCUCUGCCGUUGCUUCAUCUGAUAACCAUUCUGUAUUGACUGCAGUUCAAUUAUUAUGGGUCAAUUUGAUUAUGGAUACUUUGGCUGCCCUAGCUUUGGCUACUGAUAAACCUGACGACAGUUUCUUGAAAAACAAACCCGCCGGAAGAACUGCUCCAUUAAUAUCUGUUUCAAUGUGGAAGAUGAUUUUGGGUCAAUCAACUACUCAAUUGGCGGUAACCCUUACGCUACACUUUGGUGGUCAAAAGUUGUUUUAUGGUGAUGCCCCCGUAUCUAGUCACCAACUUAAACAAUUAGAUUCUCUUACCUUCAACACAUUUGUUUGGUUGCAGGUGUGGAAGUUGGUAGUAACCAGGAAGUUGGAUGAAGCUGCUGAUAUUACUACCAUUAGAGGUAGAAUAACUGCUUACAACUUGAACUUUUUCUCCCACUUAUUCAGGAACUGGUAUUUCCUUAUUAUAACGAUAAUGAUCUGUGCUGUUCAGGUAUUGAUCAUGUUUGUUGGAGGAGCUUCUUUCUCGAUUGCCAGGCUAACCCCAGGAAUGUGGGCUACUUCCAUCAUCUGUGGAUUUGUCUCCAUUCCAGCUGGUUUAAUCAUCAGAAUAAUGCCAAAUACAUGGGCAGUGAAAAUCUUCCCAACCAAAGCGUUUGGCAUAUUUAUUUAUUAUGUUGGAUUCAACUUUUUGAAGAAGAGUAAAAAAGAGGAUUUAGAAGCCAACGUUUAA